AUGGCGCAGAGCACAAUUCGAAAAGCGAUCGGGACCGUUAAGGAUCAAACAAGCAUAGGUAUAGCGAAAGUAGCAAGUAACAUGGCGCCGGAGCUUGAGGUAGCAAUUGUGAAAGCAACGAGCCACGACGAUGAUCCACCAAAUCAGAAAUAUAUUCACGAGAUCUUGAAUUUAACUUCAUAUUCUCGCGGUUAUGUUCAUGCUUGUGUUUCUUUCGUUUCGAAAAGACUAGGGAAAACGCGGGAUUGGAUCGUCGCGUUGAAAGCUUUGAUGCUUGUUCAUAGGCUAUUGAAUGAGGGAGAUCCGUUGUUUCAAGAGGAUAUUUUGUAUGCAACUAGGAAAGGUACUAGGUUGCUGAAUAUGAGUGAUUUUAGAGAUGAAGCACAUUCGAGUUCUUGGGAUCAUUCCGCGUUUGUUAGGACCUUCGCCAUGUAUUUGGAUCAAAGACUUGAAUUAAUGCUGUUUGAAAGAAAAGGAGGCGAUGGUGGCCAUGUCGGUGGGAGUGGUGGUGGGGGGAGUGCUCAUGGUGGUGAAAUUGAGAGAUAUUAUGGAGGUAGGGGUGAUUUUGGUAGAGGUGAUUUUAGGUCGCCGCCGCCGAGAGCUUAUGAGUACAGUGAUCAGUAUAACGGGGAUUUUAAUAGAUGGGAUGGUGGGCAUGGGAUGCCGAGGAGGACGAGGUCUUAUGGGGAUAUGAGUGAGAUGGGGGGAGAGAAGGGAAGGAAGAGAAGAAGGCAGUGA